AUGGAAUUACCGGAAGUUUCGUAUAAAAAAGCGGAUUUUAUUGAAACUACAUCAGGAAACAAAGUUUGUCGUCGUUCGAUCAUGUGUGGUUCACAAAAUAUAGUUCUUCAAGGUAAAACUAUUGUUAUGGCUGAUUGUAUUGUUCGUGGAGACUUGGCCGCUGUGAAAAUUGGUAAAAACUGUGUCAUAGGAGAGAAAUGUGUUAUUCGUCCACCGUUCAAGAAAUUUGCCAAAGGUGUGGCAUUCUUUCCUAUGCAAAUCGGUGAUCAUGUGUUUAUCGAAGAUGAAUGUGUGAUCAACGCUGCAUCGAUUGGAUCAUAUGUACACGUUGGAAAGAAUAGUGUUAUUGGAAGACGAUGUAUUAUUAUGGAUUGUUCAUAUAUUUUGCCAAAUAGUGUUAUUCCACCCGAAACAGUCAUUCCUUCGUAUACGAUUUAUGGUGGAUCACCUGCAGCAUUUGUUGAAGAUUUUCCGGAAACAGCAAAAGAAUUGAUGAUUGAUGUGACACAAUCGUUUUAUCAAAAUUUUAAACCGCUUCAAUGA